AUGUGGAAUAGAGCUUCGUUUUUGACUCGACUCGUUGCAUCUUCGGUGAGGAUUUCUGAAGCCGCCGGCGCCACUAUAAAGAAUGUGAUGACCGGUGGUGACUUGAAAAUAAUCGACAAGAGCCUUGAAGGAGAACCAGCAGAUCUGCAGACAGAAGCAGAUAGACGUGCACAAUACUUGAUCGUGAAAUCGCUUACAGAACGCUUUGGAAACAUAAAUAUAAUUGGAGAAGAGGACGUCACGUCUGAGUGCAGCGGUAUAGAAAAGAAUUUUGCGGUAGAUGUUCUUCUUGUGGAGGAUGAGUUAAGUUCAGACUUGAAGUCGAUCAAACCUGAAGAUGUUGUAGUUUGGGUUGAUCCCUUAGAUGGCACGUCAGAAGUAGCCAUGGCCAUCAAGAACAAGAAUGCUGCCCUUCUUGAACAAGUGACAGUACUAAUCGGUAUUGCUUGCCAUGGUAGACCAAUCGCUGGCAUUAUACACCAGCCUUACCAUAAGAGUACAGGUAGAACAAUAUGGGCAAUUAAAGGAUGCGGUAUUCACGGCAUUUCUCCAGCACCAGCUCAAUCCCAGCGAGUGGUUGUGACGACAAGAAGUCAUCUCAGUAAGUCAGUGAUUGAGGCUCUGAAUGCUUUGAAGGAAAAAGGAUUGGUGGAUGUAAUCGAGAAAUUUGGUGGAGCAGGUUAUAAAGUGAUAAAGGUGCUCGAGGGAAGUGCUGCUUAUGUAUUUGCUAGUUCGGGUUGCAAGAAAUGGGAUACUUGCGCAGUUGAGGCGGUAUUAAAUGCUGCUGGAGGUCAACUGACAGAUAUAUCUGGUAGAGCCUUGCGCUACGAAUCUACUGUUCAACGGAACAAUACAGGCGGAGUUCUAGCAUCGGCUCCAUGGGUGAACCACCAGGAUUACGUUGGUUCCAUACCGAAAGCCCUCAAAGAUCAACUACCAGAAGUUGCAGCUAAGUGCUAG